GUCUCUGGACUGUCAGCUAGAUUGCAGCAUGGAUGUUCUAUAGACAGAAAAAUGCUAAGCCCAAUACCGUUGGCAUUAUGCUCUAAUGGAAAGUCACUAAUCGUCCAGCAACAGCAACCACACUCUGAACAAUAAAUAACAGAGUUGAGCGUACCCUGCCACGCCCACUGGCUGGGUGGGUGCAUGGCAAGGCGCUCAACUGAGCCCCACACAACAACAAUAACAAUAACGUUAACGGCUCAAUUCGUCAUACCCCCAGUACGCCAUCUAUCGGCAAAUAGCAGAAGUAGCACCCGAGUCGUCUCCGGCGACAAUGGCUCGAAGGAAGCGCACAAGAAGGAAAAUGCCAACGAAUCGAAAGCGGAAGAAGACAGUUGGCAUGUCAGCAUCAGCAUCAGCAUCAGCAUCAGCAUCUGGCCACGAAUCAGUAGUCAAGUGGAAGAUUAUGAUAUCAUCAAUAAUAUUUCUGCUAUUCUGCUGCUCAAGUCACGUGCUGGCGGUGCGCAGGGGUCGCCUGAUGUCCCCGAGCACAUUCACUGCACUCAGCGGCGACCUGCAUGUGCAGAUCCAGUUCAGCGGAGACGAGGAGCAGCAGCAGCAGCAGCAGCAGCACGGACAAAGGACCAAUACAACACAGCUUCAGCCUCAAUAUCAAAACAAUAUAACAGACGGCAAUGUUGACGCCCACUUAAACACUGACAGCAGCACAGGAUUGGGAGCGGGCAUGGGCGUGGGCGUGGGCCUGAAAGAGGCGCAGGGCAUGGUGAACACCAUAAUGAGCACUUUAGUCAUUAGCAAAAUCGUUAAUGAUGCUGCGACGGCUGAGGGGGAGACGAACAACAGGACGAACAACAGCACCAGCCAAUUUGUGCUGCAGCGCAGGCGCAAGGAGAUCGUGCAAAAUAUUCCAGUCUUUCCGGAUCCGAGGCAGAACAUCACCCAAGUGACGGUGCCGUGCCAGACGUUUGUGCGCGGCGGCCUCUACGAGAUGCAGGUGGUCAGAAAUCUGAAGACGACGGUCAAUCGCAGCGAUCCAGUUCCAUUGACGACGACAACAUUGAUGCCAGCUCAGGAUGAGCGACUGCUACAGACGCUGGACGUGCGAUGGCCCAGUGCCGAAAUGUUGGUCAGCCCAGUGACGCUGCGCACCUAUCCCAAGGCGCCUGUCAAGGUCACGUUGCGCUUCCCGGAGGUCAACUGCGAGCGGGCGCAGCAUGGAGCAGAGCCCUUGCUGCCAGAGUUCUGGCUGGAGCUGGUCUACUGUGGCAAGGAGCGCACGUGCUCCUAUAAUCUAGCCAACGUGUCCAAGUCGAGCGUGCUCUUUGCAGAGCAAGUGCAUGGCUUUCCCAAGUUGAAGACGCUGGAGUUGGGCUGCGAGCUGUUCGGCCUGGCUGGCAACUAUGCUGUCCAGCUGCGGCCCAUGAUUCCGGCCUUGAAUGUGCCCACCACGCGGCGUUUGCUCAGCGUUGAUUGGAGCGAUGAGUUUGUCUUCAAUGUCUAUGCGCGCAGCAUCUUUCCCUGCGAUCCGCAUACCGGCGUGGGCGUGCUCUACGAGUAUCCCGGCUGCAUACUGGAGCAGGGUGAUCGGGUGCGUCUCUAUGCCAAGCUGCGUGCGGAUGUGGCCUCCCUGAAGCCGCCCACCUCGCUGCACUACGUCGCCGAGCAGCGGGUCGUCAAGAGCCAGCACUCACUGUACUUCAGCUGCGAUCUGUUCUCGGAGAAAUACGUGGAGUACUGCUUCGUCUAUGUCAGCCAGGCCAUAUCCGGAGCCGUUGCGGACGUGCGCAUGGACUGUGUGCCCACGCUACCUGUCAGCGAUUCCGACACUGGUGGCUGGGGUGCUUGGAGUGAGUGGACGCCGUGCUCUACCAACUGCUUGGGCGGCACUCGCAAUCGCUAUCGAUUCUGUGAUUCGCCGCCGCCGCGUUACGGUGCCAAGUUCUGCGAGGGGCGAUCUGUGGAAACGGAGAAGUGUAAUAAGAGCAUUGCAGAUACUUGGGAUUGCAUCUAUGAGACGAGCGGCAGCAUUCUGUCCAAGUCAAAUGUCACCGAGGUUAAUCAAGAAAUUGGUCCUGGCUGUCGCUGUGGCUGUAUUGUGCAUCUGGGCUCAUCGAAGCCCAAGCGUAUUAUUGCUGGAGCUACGCAAAGCUGUCCUGGUCGUUCCUUUUGGCUAAUACAGGUUGAUGGCGAGGAAACCAUUUCAAUGCAACUCAGCUUUUUGCGGCUGCCGUGUGCCACGCAGUACAUAAAGGUGCGCGAUGGACCCUCGCUGUCCUCCACGUUGCUGGUGGAGCUCAAUGGAGACGGCGCCACAGUGGGCGGCAUCCGGCGACCCUCUGCUGAAGACGCCAAUCAUGUUGGCCUUCCGCUAACUGUUGAGUCGAGCGGAGCGCAACUGCUGGUAGAAUUCUUUUCAGGCGACGUGAAUGCAAAUGGAACAUCGAGUGCUGGCUAUGAUGCUGCAUUGUGCACCGGGGGUUUUAUGGCCAACGUCAAGCCUUUAGUGGGCAGAAAUAGUAGCACUAUUACCACAGUUCUGGCCGCCACACGCCUGUCUGCCAAAAGUCGCACGAAUUUGCAAAACAAAUCACUGGCCAGGAUACGUUUCACUCUAGUUCAUCUGAGUGCCAUGGUCUUUGCCACCAUUAUCAUCAUAAUAAGCGCGCUUUUAGGUGCUCAAUAUGUAGUGCGGUAUCGAAAAUAUCAUUUGGCUGUGGCACGUCGACAGGAUGAAGGUUCACACUUGCACACACCACGAGCAUCGUUAAGCUCGCUGCACGACCCGCCAUCACGUGCCAUUUCAACGACCACCCUGCUCUCCGAGGUAAUUUAUCUAGUGAAAUUGCGGCCCAAACAUCAACUACGGCAUUCCAUACUACGUGAAAGCGCUGAUGUGGAGAACGUGACCCAUGAAACGGAGUUCAAAGAAGACGAGCAAAUGGUCAAGGGCGAGGAAGUGCCGGUAGCAUUUGGUAGUACUGCUUCCUUGAUGACUUUACGGAAUGAACACGCAUCGUUGACGUCCCUGUCGCCGGCGACUGAUAGUCGUAGUCCAGUUGGUUCCCCGUCAUCUGGCGAGCCGGAACUGCAGCUGCAACACCUGAAUGAAGGUGAAAAAUCCACUACGACGCAUACAACUGCGGAGCCGCUGAGCUGCAAGGACAGUGCCAAGGACUCGGAGUCCAUUAUUUCUUCAGGCAUGAGCUCCCUGUGUAAUAGCCCACCUCUAAACAGCCACAGGCUGAGCAAGUAUUCCGAUCGCUACGACGCAGUUACUCUGAAGCUACUGAGCACCCGCCUGGACGAAAGUCUGCGAGAUGCCGCUUCUCUGAACUCUAAUUCCGGUUCGCUGUGUCUGGGUCGCAUGGGAUCGCGCAGCGUUAGCGCCUCCCUAACCAAUGGCUGCUACUCUCCGGCAGCGAGCGUGGUUAGCACAGCUACCAUACGCACAACCAGCAAUCCGAAGGAGUCCAAGGAGAAACAGAACCGCAAGAAACUAUUGGCGCGACCUGGUUCCGAAUUCUCGCUUGGUAAUCAAGAGGAGCUUGAGAUGGACUAUUAUGAUUACAAUGUAAUCAAUGCGGGUGCCGCACCUGGCUCUUACCUAGGCAUGGACCCAGCCUACUGCAUUUGGAUACCGCCGUUUGAGGAGACGCCUGAGCGAGAGGAUGAGGACAAAACGCCCGAACCUACGUCAGGGGCCGAUGAAGCGAAUCCAGCGUUUGAUGAAAUUCAAAUGCCCAAAUAUGGCCACUAUCUGUGUCCAGGCAGCAAGUCCACAACGACGGAUAACACGCCCAGCUCGGAAGAACGUUCCUUGCCCAGUAGUCAACAUCAGUCCAAGGCCACCUCUCCCAACGAGGCGACCCAGCGCAGCACGCCCACCAAGCAGCCAACUCCAUAUAUGUCUCGCAAGCAACGCCGCCAAGCCAGGCAACAGUUCAGGCUGAACGCAGCGAACUCCGGCAACGAAUCCGACUCAGGAACCCUGCGGCCUAGACAAGCCGGCAAACCCGAAUCGGAAAUUGCUGCAGUGCAUCAGAGUGUAAUCAAGAUGGAAAGCCACUUAGACUCCGACCAAUCAAUGACUGGAUCAUACGUGGAAAAGGAGACGCUUGUGGAGAAGUCGUCACGUGACCUGCAGGAGUACCUACACCUGGAUGACAUCCAAUUCGCCGACGAAAGUGGCAGUGAUUACGAGGCAGCCAAUCUCAAGAAUCAGGCUGCAAACAAAACCCUAUUGGAUAAUGCAAAUAGAACGAAAUCGAGAGAGGCUGCCGUAUAAGAGGUGGCUGCUUAGU